GCAGAUACGAUAGGGUACAUUGACUUUCAAGAGCGCGUCUAGCAUGACUCUUCUGAUGCACGCACGGACCUAUUCCUCGAUGUGUGAACGGCCAAUUUGAAAGCAUGUCACGAGACUUCGUGUCAGCCACCCGCGACUCAUAAAGGCGCGUCAAGCCCGUCCCUUCUGUCUUAUCCAUCCUAUCCAUUUUCAUCACUCCAUUACGUCUUCUUUAAUACUGCUUCCUCCACCGUUUCACUCUUCUCAGCACGACAUGCAGUCGAAGACGCUCCAAGCGGGCAAAGUCACCGACUUCCAGACACGCGUCUACACGCUCCUACAGCAGAUCCCCGAGGGCAAAGUGUCGACGUAUGCCGCGCUAGCGAAGGCGCUGAACAGCAGUCCCAGGGCUGUGGGCGGCGCGUUGAGGAAUAACCCGUUUGCGCCCGAGGUGCCGUGUCAUCGGGUGUUGGCCAGUACUGGCUUCAUCGGCGGGUUCAAGGGCGACUGGGAGAAGGUGCCGAGCGGGAUUAAUCAGGAGGAGAAGAGGAGGUUGCUGGGAGAGGAGGGGGUGUUGUUUGAUGCGAAUGGGUAUUUAAAGGAUAAGGCGCGGUGGUGGGAUGGGUUUGAGGUCGAGGGCAAGGUGUGAGGGAAUGGGUGGUGGGGUAGGCAAGGCGGGGCAGCAGCAGCAGCGUAGUAGAGCUGGAAAAGCUAGAGCUUGAACUUUUCAUGACAUUGUUGCAUAGAAGAUGACUGCUGUA